UCCCGCCAUUCUUUGUUAGUUGUCAGCUGCAGUCGUGUAGGACGCGUUUCGUAGAAAGCAGAGAACAGAGACAGUUGAAAUUCAAACUUUUGACAUCAGGACUUCUUUAGGUGCAGUAUCGUGCAGUUUUGCAGGCUUCUAGAAUGAGUCUGUUGAAGUUUCUAGAGGUCGAAAAUUUCAAGAGUUAUCGUGGGCGCCAGGUGAUAGGACCUUUCUCGCCGUUCACUGCUGUCAUUGGACCGAACGGAAGCGGCAAAUCAAAUCUGAUGGAUGCAAUCAGCUUUGUGUUUGGUGAGAAGACCUCUCAUCUGCGGGUCAAGACUGUCAAGGAGCUGAUUCAUGGAGCUCAAGUUGGUCACCCAGUUAGUGAGAAAGCUUCGGUCACAGCUGUUUGUCAGCAAAAUGGCGAGGAUGUUCGAUUCACCAGAACUGUUGUUGGCAGUGGGACAACAUAUGCAGUCAACAAGAAAACUGUAAAUAAAGAAGAGUAUAUUGUUGCACUUGAUGAAUUGGGUCUGAACAUGAAGGCGAGAAACUUUUUGGUGUUUCAGGGAGAGGUGGAAAGCAUGGCGAUGAGAGAUCCCAGGGAUUUGACACCUUUAUUUGAAGACAUUAGUGGAUCCGGUGAAUUGGCAGCUGAAUUUGAGAACAGGAGAAAGGAAAUGUUGCAAUUAGAAAGUGAAGUACAACAGAAGAUGGAGAGAAGAAAGGCACUUGCAUCUGAGAGGAAAACAGCAAAAGUCGAGAAUGAGGAAGCAGACAAAGUGCAGAAACUGGAAAACCUGCUGGAGCAACGAGUGGUUGAGUUGGAGCUCUUUAAAUUGUACCACCUUGACAAGGAGAUCGAAGAGUCUCAUGCAAAGCAGCAAUCUGUCAAGAAAGAAUUGAAACGAACGCAAGUAAGGCAGCAAUCUAUUGACAAACUGAUGGCUGAGAAGAAGUCAGAAGUUGCUAAACUACAGCGGGAGAGAACAACAUGGGAGAAGAAAAUUAAAGUGAAGGAGAAUGAGAGAAGUAAGCUGUCAUUGGAGUUUGGGAAGGCCAAGCAAGAAAAGGACUACAUUGCCAAACGACUGGAAAAACAAAAGAAAAAGUUGGAUCGACUGAUUGAAGAAAAAGGAUCACAUGACUCAGAGGUUGCAAGUCUAAGGUCAGAGCUAGAAAGUUUAGAGAGUCAAGCAAGGCUUUAUCAAGAUCAAGUUAGUGGAGAAGGAACUAUAGAGUUGAAUUCAGAAGAGCUUGAACAUUAUCGCCAUCUGAAGGACAGAGCUAACAAGCAAGUUUCUGCCAUUAGAGAGAAGCUGAACAAAGCACGGCGAGCUGAGCAGUCGGAUGAAGCGUCGUUGAAGUACCAAAUGUCAAUGAAAGACAGCUUAGUUGAACAAAAGAAGAAUGCAGUAGACAGGAUGCAAGAGCUGCAAGCACGAGUCAAGCGUCUCAAUGAAUAUCUCAGUGAAAAUCGUAAAGUUUUGGAGGAACAUGAAAAACAAUACCAGGAGAUGGAACACAACCAAACUACCAGUGCCACUCGAUUAACAGAGAUAUCAUCAGAAUUAGAAGAGGUAGAAGAGAAGCUGCAGGAAGUUCAUAUGAGCAGUUUUGAAGAUGAGAAGAGGCGGAAACGAGCUGAUAUACUAAGUGCAUUACAGAAUGUUACACAGGGAGUGUAUGGAAGGGUGUAUGAACUGUGUGAGGCCAAGCAUCACAGGCACAUGAUUGCACUCGUUCGAUCUAUUGGGAGACACUUGGAUGACAUUGUUGUAGAGAAUGCAGAAACAGCCAAGAUAUGUAUCAAGUAUCUCAGGGACCAGGCACUAGGUGUUGAAUAUUUUCUACCCAUGACUGACUUGAAAGUCAAACCAAUUGACGAGAGAUUGAGAAGUCUCGGAGGCACUGCUAAGUUGAUGUUGGACUGUGUGAAGUUGCAUGUUCCAGAAGUCAAGAAAGCCAUUCAAUUUUGUGUUGGCAAUGAUGUUGUUUGCGAAAAUGUUGACGAAGCUAGAGAUAUUGCGUAUAAAAGCAGAGAAGGACGAACGGUAAUCACUCUUGAAGGCAUUGUUUUUCAUGAGUUUGGAGGAGUCAGUGCUGGGUUUUCAGAAUUGAAGAAGAAAGCAAAGCGAUGGAAUGAAAAGAAUGUUGAUAAUGUAAGGCAACAACGAGAGCAGUUGGUUGCUGAAAUGAAACAUCUGAAGAAAGACAGGACACAAGAGGCAGAGCUACUGGCUCUGAAAGCCAAACUGGAUGCAUAUCGGCAACGCCAGAGUUACUGUGAGCAUGACAUCAGAAUUACGGAGGAAAUGAAAAUUCCUCAAAGUAGUGAUGAGCUCAAAAAACUGGACGUGAAAGUUAUGGAAACAGAGAGUCUAAUUUCGGAUAUGACUGCUGCUGUAGCCCGUCGUACUAAUAUAGUUGAAGAGUUAGAACAGGAACUGAACAGCAAGGAAGAUCAAGUCUUCGCUGAUUUUUGUACAAGAAUUAAUGUAUCAAAUAUCAGGCAAUAUGAGGAAGGUCAGCUAAAGGUUCAUGAAGAGCGAGCGCAGCGUCUAAGAGAGUAUCACGAGCAAAUCACUAGAUUGAAGAAUCAGUUGGGCUAUGAGCAAAGUCGUAAAAUGGAUGACUCAAUUGCAAAAGUAAAGCAAAGUAUUAAAAAGGACAAGAAAGAAGUAAAGGAGAAGGAAAGGAAAGAAGGAGAACUGUCGAAGGAUACUGAAGAGUGUGCUUCUCAGUUGAAGGAACUUGAAGGAGCAAUGGCUGUGAAACAACAGGAGCUAGAUGAGAAGAACAUUGAGCUAAAUGAGGUGAAGACAGAGAAUGGAGAAAAUCAACGUCAGACACUUGCAUUUGAGAGACGCAUGAUGAACCUGUCUUCUCAUUGUGACCAGAAAUGUGCUGAGCGCCAUCGAAUAUUAAAGAAAUGCAAAAUGGAGAGUCUUAAUCUGCCACUAGAGGAGGGCUCUCAGUUGCUAGAAAUUGUGCCACUUAGUGAGGCAGAGAUGAGUCAUUCUGCAGAAGGUAUAAGUGGAUCAGAAGGCAUUGACUCAAUGUCCAGCGAGGGUGCUCGUCUUAUUUAUGAUCGUGAGCAAGGUAUCAAGCCUGACUACUCUUCAUUAGCUGAUGAACUUUGUGAGGAAGAAGAUCUCAGCAAAAUUAAGAGCAAGGGGGAAGAAAUGGCAGCAUCUAUCAGUGAUAUGCAGAACAAGUUAAGAGCAGUUGGUGCUUAUAAUCCUCAUGCUUCUGACAGACUAAAGGAUGCAGAUAAACGGCUUCGUGAUGCAGCAGACGAUCUCAGUGAUUUAAGGAAGAGGGCUCAGAGGGCAGAGAAGGCUUUUAUGGAUGUCCAGCAAGACCGUUACACUCGGUUUAUGGAGGCAUUUGAUGUGGUGAAAGAUCGUGUUGAUGAAAUAUAUAAGAGUAUUUGCUACCAGCCAGGAGCACAAGCUGCUCUAUAUCCAGACAACAUAACGGAUCCUUACUUGGGUGCAAUUAUGUAUGAGUGUAUUCCACCUGGAAAGCGAUUUCUUCCAAUGAGAGAUCUUUCUGGUGGUGAAAAAACAAUUGCUGCUCUUGCUCUUGUAUUUGCACUUCGAAGUUUUCGUCAUCCUCCUUUCUUUGUUCUUGAUGAAGUUGAUGCUGCUUUAGAUAGAACAAAUAUUCAUAAGGUUGCUAGGUAUGUUAAGAAGGAGUGUGAAAAAGGUAAUUUUCAGUGUAUUGUCAUCUCUCUCAAGUUGGGAUUGUAUGAACAUGCUGAUGCAUUAAUUGGAGUUUCAAGAAAGAAUGGGGCAACUGGCCCGAUGAGUCAGAUUCUGACAUUGGAUCUCACACAAUAUGCAGAUGUUCCGUAUGCUGACUCACCAUAUGGCAUGUAACUGUUGCUGAUAUAGUGUAUCAUCUGAACAGACUCGUUAUCGUGUCACUGUAGGUUAGUUAUUUUAUCACGUAGUUACAACAGCAAAGUCUCUUGAACAAUGCAGUCGUAAUUAAAGCAUUGCAAUAUGUCACAUA